AUGAAGGUCCUCAUCCUUGCCUGUCUGGUGGCUCUUGCUCUUGCAGAGGAGACUGUAGAAGACAUUGAGGGCAGUGAGAUUCUUUUUCUGUUUUUUCAGGAUGAGCGCCAGGCUCAAAUCCAGACCAUUGUCCAGCCGCAGCCUCUUCCCAAUCCUUACGCUGAGCCCAUCCCUUACCCUGUCCUUCCACAGAACGCCCUGCCUCUUGCUCAGCCUGCUAUGGUGCUGCCUGUCCUUCAGCCUGAAGUGAUGGGAGUCCCCAGUACCAAGGAGACCGUCUUUCCUAAGCACAAAGUGAUGCCACUUCUUAAGUCUCCUGUAGUGCCAAUUAUUCAGCGCCAAAUCCCAAAUCUCACUGAUCUAAGAAACGCACAGCUUCCUCUGCCUGUGCUCCAGGCCCUGAUGUCCCAGGUCCCCCAGACUCUUGUUCAGACUCCCAUGCUUCCUACCCAGUCCCUGUUCUCCCUUUCUCAGCCCAAAGUCCUGCCCUUUUUCCAAAAUGUGAUGACCCAACUCCAGAGAGCUAUGCCUAUCCAAGCUUUUGUGCUGUUCCAAGAGCCUCUGCUACCUUGGAGUUCUACCCUGUAA